UGUCGCGGCGGGGCUGCCGUACGGGCGCCGCGCGGCUUCCGGCGGGCUGUGCGGAUGGCGUCCGGGCCGGAGGGCGAGCGGAGCCGGCAGCAGCGGCAGCGGGAGCGGGAGGCGCUGCUGGCGCAGGCCAAAAGUAGUGAUGAAAAGAAGGAGAGUUGCAAGCUGCUGAAGAAUCUGCGGGGUGAAGAUACAUGGAUGCCUGCUGAUGUGAAUGAACGUGUGGAACCACUGGAAAAGGAACAUUCUGUGCAGAAGAAAAAGAAAAAGGAUAAACAUUCCAAAAAAGCUAAGAAAGAAAAGAAGAAAAGUAAGAAACACAAGUCUGAAAAGAAGGAUGACUUACUUGAUAGUUCUUCGGAUUCUUCAGUUGAAUGGGUUGAGUCAAAUGUGUCACAGUCAGAUGACACAGAAGAGGCUUGGAAGGUCGACGAGCAACCAGAUGCUGCGAAAGAACCUUCCCUGCAGAGGGAAGAAUGGAUGAAUUUAAACUUCAUGUCAUUGAAAACAACGUCAGUAGCAGCUGUCAAAGGUGAAAGACACAAAGAAAAAGUGUUGGAACGACAGAAAGCUCAAGAACUUGAGCAGGCCAUGCUGUCUGAGAGAGAACUCAAUCCCUAUUGGAAAGAUGGUGGUACUGGUUUGCCACCAGAGAAGGAUGAAGAAGCUUCAGUUAAGAAAGGUACAGUGGUAGAAGAUGCUGGAUUAAGUUGGCUGCGAAAAUCAUACCAAAGGAUGAAGGAGCAGGCUGAGAGAGAGAAGCGAAAUUUUGAGGAAAUUGUAGCUGAGAGAUACGGGUCUGUGGAGGUAUUUCAGUCACGACUAGAAGAAGCUGAAAAAGCUGCAUCCAAAAAGGAAAAUUAUCACAGAAGUGGAAGAUGGAAGAGGACUGACUAUUCAGAAAGUGAGGAAAAGAAAGACAAGAAAGUACAGCAUAUUGAAAGGGCGACACGAGAUGAAGAUGAUAGAAACAGACACACGUUUGGGGGCUAUUCCAGGGAGAAGUAUGGCAAGGGGUGGGCGCAGGAAGACAAGGGUUACAGAAGAGAUGUGUCAAGAGCAGACCAGGAAUGUAGACGCAGUAACAUGGACUCAGUAUUAGGUGGCUACAGCUCCAAAGCAGAAAAGUACUCCAGUGAAAAACAAAAUCAGGAAAAGAGUUCAUCUCUAAGCAACUUGAAGCACAAAUUUUUGAAACCCUCUGAGGAUGAUUUAACGUGUUACAGUGCGCCCAGAGACUCCAAGUUUAAGCAGACCUGUUCCAAGGAGGACUCAGCUCAUAGCUCUUUGAGCAGCCGUUUCCAGAAACCUGGUGAGGAUACUUCACUGUGGACCAAAACACACAAAAAAGAUAGCAGUGAGAAAUUAAAAUCUGAUCAGAAAUCAUCAGGUACUAGGGAACAAAUUGAUGGCAAAAGCUGGAAAAAGACUCCGGGUGAUGAAAAAGAGAAGUUGCACCAGGAGCAUGCAGGCGAUACCCCUGAGAAGAAAGAGAUUUUAUCUGACAGUAAAUCAUCCUCUAGAUCAUCAAAGGAUGAGCCGCCUCGGGUCCUUAGUGAGGAGGAGAUGAACAGACUGGGAGCGAGGAUUGUGAAAGCAGAACUCAUGGGAGACACGGACUUAGCUUCAGAACUUCAAGCAGAACUUGACAAUGCUCGCAAGUUGAGAGAGACUCAAGGACAGAUUCCUGCAAAGGCUGGCAGAGAUGCUUCAAGCCGUCAAGAAGAUGAACAAGUGGUCCUUGUCAGAACAGAUGGAAGUGGAAGGGCAUGGCCUGUGAUGGGACCAACAGAGCCACUGGAGCCAAAAGGAGGACGAAGAAAGCCACAGAUGAUGCCUACUCAUGUAGAUAAAGAGAGAGUAAGGUAUUUUCAGGAUGAUGAUAGAAUGAACCUGAAGGAUUUGGUCAAAAAUGAGAAGAUGAGAACAGCAGAAGAUCAAAACUCACUGUUCAUGCGUAUGGCAUCAAAGCUCAUGGAGAAAACUGACAGAGAGUACUACACUCUGGAUGACAUGUUUGUUUCCAAAGCAGCCAAGAGAGCACGCAGUGGGGAAGAGGAGGAAGUACAAAGAAGAAAAGCGAUCCGUGAGCACCAGCAACUUGCUGCAUGCAUGGAAAAGUGCCCCUACUGCUUUGACAGCAGUGAACUUUCUAAACAUCUUAUUAUUGCAAUUGGCACCAAGGUGUACUUGUCUCUACCAAGCAGCCAGUCCCUUACUGAAGGUCACUGCCUGAUAGCCCCUCUACAGCACCAUACUGCAGCCACUCUUUUGGAUGAGGACAUCUGGGAAGAAAUCCAGAUGUUCCGAAAUGCAUUGGUGAAAAUGUUUGAAGCUAAAGACUUGGACUGUGUGUUCCUAGAAACAAACAUGAGUAUGAAGAAACGGUAUCAUAUGGUAUAUGAAUGCAUUCCUCUUCCAAAAGAAGUAGGAGAUAUGGCUCCAAUCUACUUUAAGAAAGCUAUAAUGGAGUCUGAUGAAGAGUGGUCCAUGAACAAGAAGUUAAUUGAUCUUUCUUCAAAAGAUAUUCGGAAAUCUGUUCCUAAAGGGUUGCCGUACUUUUCUGUGGACUUUGGCCUUCAGGGAGGAUUUGCUCAUGUGAUUGAAGAUCAACACAAUUUCCCUCAUUACUUUGGAAAGGAAAUUAUUGGUGGCAUGCUGGACUUGGAACCACGGCUCUGGAGAAAAGGAAUCAGACAGAACUUUGAGGAGCAGAGGAAAAAGGUGUUGCAGUUUGCACAGUGGUGGAAACCAUAUGACUUCACCAAAAAGAAAGAAUGAGAACAACCUGGAGUCAAGGACUAUAUAAGCCAUGAAUUACACUUCAGAUGUCAAGAAUAACACCAAUGUGUUAUGUGUGGCUAAUAUAUUUUAAAAUAUAGGAUUAUGGUUUAAUUGAUGAUCUGUUUCUGUUUUGGACACUGGAUCACAUGUACAUGCAAACCUGAAACACCAGGUUGUACAGUGAGUUUAGUUUUUCCUUUUUCAGCUGAGCCAAAAGGAUAAUAUCCAUGUGGCCAUUUGAGUUCUUAAAAUGUAAUUUUUGCUUUUGGAGUUUUUAUAAUCUUUGGGACAACUGAUAUUUUUUAUAAUGCAUUAAGCCAGUGCUUAAUUAUCAUGAACUUUUGUCGAAAAUGGUGUACAUUUUAAGAACAUUUUGAUUAAUAAAGAUACAUUGCUGCAGAAGGAAAUUGUACAGAAAAUA